CGCCUGCCUCUGCUCACAUCUGAAAGCAUUGUGCUUAUCAAGCUUAUGUACGAUAAUCAGGCACGCCAUCGUACAUGGACUGCCAUAUAUGGCCGUGCUGCUGGCAGCAUGCAUGCCUUCGCGUCACAUCAGCUUAACUUUUCAAUCAGUCUAGUGUAUAGAACUACCUAAUGGACACCAGUGUCGAGCGAAGCAUCACUAUACAUGGCGCAAACAAGCCUGGCCACUAUACGUGGUCGCCCUUUGUCACAAAGCUCGAAUUCCGCCUGCGUCUAGCCAAUAUCCCUUACCAACACGGUGUGGGCGGUCCAAUCUUUGGACCCAAAGGCAAAAUCCCCUAUCUCGAGUUAUCAUGCCCGGGAGCUCCUUCCGAGAUACUGGCUGACACUACGCUCAUCACGAAAGAGCUCAUCAGCAGAGGCCUGCUAUCUGAUAUGAACGCGGCGUUAGCCGCCAGAGAUAUAGCCUACGAUCUUGGUAUCAGAGCCCUGUUCGAAGAUAGGCUCUUCUUCUAUAAUUCUCGCGAACGCUGGAUCGAUAAUUAUUACACUAUGCGCGACUACGUCCUGGCCAAGGUGCCCUUUCCGCAGCGUAUCAUUCUCGGUUACCUAGCCUACCGGGGCAUUGUGAGGAAACUGCAAGAUCAAGGUACCGGUCGUUUCUCGAAUGAUGAGGUUCGCAGUUUCCGCACGGAUAUCUGGCAGGGUAUAAAUGGUCUGCUCGAGGACAGCCGAAGACAAGCUGAUGAUAACGACUGCUUCUGGGCACUUGGAGGCCACAAGCCCACUGAAGCCGAUGCCACUUUGUUCGGAUUUACCGUCAGCGCGCUCGUUGCGGAUGCUGGGCCGGAGAGCAGAGAGUUAAUCAAGACAAGAUGCCCCGCGGUGGUUGACUAUGCUACAAGGAUUCAUCGUCGUUACUUCCCCGAAUACCACCUGUGGGAGUAGGCCUUACUGUUCUUGGCGCAGUAUUAGCAUCGAUCGCCUGUGUUCUUACCUCGUCUGUCUAGGAUAGCAGUAAACAUAACAAAUGAUGGAGCAGCAGCACCUUUCUGCUGCUGCUCACCAUCCAACCACCGUGCACGUCAAUUCCAGAGUAUAUAAUCCCGUCUUC